CAUUACUUAAGGAUCGUCCCACUGCGUCGCACUAAAAAAGUAGUUUUGACUCUAAGACUGAACAAACAAAGAUAAUGAACCUUCACUGCUUAAAAAUUUGUUUUUUCCUUUUAUUAACAAUCGGUAUCAUCGUAAGCCAAGAUCAGUGCUACAAAAAUGCCUACUACUUCAUCGCUGCUAGUUCUGCUCCCCAUCUUGCCUUGGAUGCAAGCAAUCCAUUAAAUGUUAAAUUACAACAACUCAAUGACGUAAACGGGUUUCAAAUAUUUGAAUUUCGAUGUAGUACCAGAAUAGGGACUUACAAGAUCAUCAAUACAAUGACUGGGUUUUUCCUUACGGCCGAAAAUGUUGACGCAUACCAUCAUAAAGUCACUAUAACUGCAAAUGCUUCAUCCCCGUAUCAAGACUGGAUAUUUAAUUCGAGAGGAGAUAUUUUUAACGUAGCACUUUUUGGGGCUUUGGGUGCUGAAGAUGAAAAGGUUUCUCCUGGUGUUAAUUUAGAAGUAAGAGUCAAUGUAACUACUCUAGGUUUGUUUCAAAUAUUUACACUGACACCUGUUCCAUUACCUUAUGAAUGAAAUCGUAAUUCAUUAAUGAAGUACUUGUAUUUUAAAAUAACAUUUAAGUUAAGCUGCUUUAGAUACUGUCAAUAAAAGUUUUGUUGCAGUUAGGUAAAGUUUAGUGUAAAACCCUGGGCAUGCUAUCAUAUUUUGCACCAGAAAAUCUAUACCUGUCAUUUUAUUAUAGUAUGAAAAUAGAUAUAUAAUCUGUUCUA